AUGAAUGCUAUUCCUGACUUUGGGGCUUCGAUUCCAAAUUUUUUUAAGUCUGCUUCGAUGGGUGAUAUCCCCGCAUUGGAUAUGGAAGCUUUGUUUAGAAUGGUUGUGCUCGGUCCAAGCUUUUCAGGAAAGAACAAUCUUUGUAUGUUUAUUCUCAAGCAUUCUCCUCACGUAUUUGCUCAUCUAACUAUCAUUGCUCAUAAUCCUCAUCAGGAGCUUUAUGAGUAUCUCCGGGAAAAGUUGGAAGGAUUCAUCACAUUUGCUGACCCAGAUAGCCCUCCUAAAGUAGAUCAGGUGCCAAUGAUAAACUACUUCAGAAGAAUAUCUUCUCUCAUUACUAUACACGUGGGGGACACUUUAACCCAAUGA